GGGCCUUUUGUAGCAGCUCAGGAACCAGAAUACACUAUGGAUGUGCUGAAGGAGCUGCUACCCAGCCACCGGGACUACUUAAGGCCACAUGAUAAGCUACAUGUCACCUCCACAUGUGGCCUCCAAAAGCCUGAACCAUACUGCAUCUUGAGCCACCUUCAGGAGGACAAAAAAUGUUUCACAUGUGAUUCAAGAGACCCAUUCCAUGAGACUCUCAACCCUGAUAGCCAUCGCAUUGAAAAUGUGGUCACAACAUUUGCUCCAAACCGCCUCAAGUUGUGGUGGCAGUCAGAAACUGGAGUAGAAAAUGUGACCAUCCAAUUGGAUCUGGAAGCUGAAUUCCAUUUCACUCAUCUCAUUAUGACCUUCAAGACAUUUCGCCCAGCUGCAAUGUUGAUCGAAAGAUCCUCAGAUUUUGGAAAGACUUGGCAAGUAUACAGAUAUUUUGCCUACGACUGUGAAAAUUCAUUUCCAGGUGUCUCCAUUGGACCCAUGAAGAAAGUAGAUGACAUUAUUUGUGAUUCCCGAUAUUCUGAUAUUGAACCUUCCUCUGAAGGAGAGGUAAUUUACCGUGCUCUGGAUCCAGCAUUUAGAAUAGAGGACCCAUAUAGCCCAAGGAUCCAGAAUAUGUUAAAGAUCACAAAUAUAAGAGUAAAAUUUAUCAAGCUACAUACGUUGGGAGACAAUCUUCUUGAUUCGAGAAUGGAAAUCAGAGAAAAAUAUUAUUAUGCCAUUUAUGACAUGGUGGUCCGUGGAAACUGCUUCUGUUAUGGGCAUGCCAGUGAAUGUGCACCAGUGCAUGGAAAUGAUGAAGAAGUGGAAGGAAUGGUUCAUGGUCACUGCAUGUGCAAACAUAACACCAAAGGUUUAAACUGUGAACAAUGCUUGGACUUCUACCAUGAUUUGCCAUGGAGACCUGCAGAAGGACGCAACAGCAAUGCAUGCAAAAAGUGCAACUGCAAUGAACAUUCUACACAGUGCCAUUUUGAUGUGGCUGUUUAUAUGGCAACUGGAAAUACCAGUGGUGGAGUGUGUGAAGACUGUCAACAUAACACAAUAGGGCGUAAUUGUGAGCAGUGUAAACCCUUCUACUUCCAGCAUCCAGAGAGAGAUAUCCGGGAUCCCCACAUUUGUGAACCCUGUAACUGUGAUCCAGCUGGCUCCCAGAAUGAUGGAGUUUGUGAUCGCUACACUGACUUCUCAGCUGGCCUUAUUGCUGGGCAAUGCCGCUGUAAAUUAUUUGUGGAAGGGGAACGCUGUGAUUUCUGCAAAGAAGGGUUCUACGGAUUAAGUUCAGAUAAUCCUCUUGGCUGUCAAUCUUGUGGAUGUAAUCCUUUGGGAACACUUCCUGGAGGGAAUCCUUGUGACUCUGAGACAGGAAACUGCUAUUGUAAGCGUCUUGUUACCGGAAGGCACUGUGAUCAGUGUCUGUAUCAACACUGGGGGCUGAGCAAUGAUAUGGAUGGAUGUCGACCAUGUGAUUGUGAUCAAGGAGGAGCACUGAACAAUAACUGCUCAAGAGAAUCUGGUCAAUGCCAGUGCAGGCCUCAUAUGAUUGGACGCCAAUGCAAUGAAGUGGAGCCCGGUUAUUUUUUCAUUUCUUUGGAUCAUUAUGUUUAUGAGGCAGAGGAAGCCAUCUUUGGCCCUGGAGUGAGUAUUGUUGAACGUCAGUCUUCUCAGGAUCGUGUACCUUCAUGGACUGGAAUAGGAUUUGUUAGAGUUCCUGAAGGAGCUUAUUUAGAAUUCUAUAUUGAUAACAUUCCCUAUUCAAUGGAAUAUGAUGUUCUGAUUCGCUAUGAACCACAGUUACCAGAUCUCUGGGAAAAAGCUGUUAUUACUGUAUUUCGUCCAGGCCAGAUUUCUGCUAGCAGCAGAUGUGGCAAUACAGUACCUGAUGAUGAUGAUCAAGAGGUAUCAUUAUCUCCAGGUUCAAGAUAUGUGGUUCUUCCACGACCAAUAUGCUUCGAAAAAGGACUUAAUUACACUGUCCGCUUGGAACUGCCACAGUAUUCCUUAAAUACAGAGGUGGAGAAUCCAUACACGCUCAUUGAUUCACUUGUUCUCAUGCCAUAUUGCAAAUCAUUGGACUUAUUCACAGUUGGAGGCCGGGGUGAUGAUGUGACAACGAACAGUGCCUGGGAAACAUUUCAAAGAUACCGGUGUCUGGAGAACAGCAGAAGUGUUGUUAAAACACCUAUGACUGAUGUUUGCAAGAAUAUAAUCUUUAGCAUUUCAGCUCUGUUACACGAGACAGCAUUGGCUUGCCAAUGUGAUCCACAAGGCUCAGUAAGUUCUGUGUGUGAUCCGAAUGGAGGCCACUGCCAGUGUCGGCCAAAUAUUGUUGGAAGAAGAUGUGACAGAUGUGCUCCAGGCACUUUUGGAUUUGGACCAAGUGGAUGCAAACUUUGUGAGUGUCAUGUCCAAGCUUCUGUUAAUCCCUUCUGCCAUCCGGAGACUGGGCAGUGCCACUGUUUCCAUGGGAUAUAUGGCCGUCAGUGUGACAGAUGCUUGCCUGGUUACUGGGGAUUUCCAAGCUGCCAGCCCUGCCAGUGCAAUGGCCACGCAGAUGAUUGUGACCCAUACAGUGGACAAUGUUUGAAUUGCCGUGAUUACACAACUGGCCACAACUGUGAGAGAUGCCUUGGGGGCUAUUAUGGAGAUCCUGCCCUGGGAUCCGGAGAUCACUGCCGCCCUUGUCCUUGUCCUGAUGGACCAGAAAGUGGACGCCAGUUUGCUAGUGGUUGUUAUCAGGACCGCACUACCCUCCAGGUGGCGUGCAUUUGUGAAACUGGAUAUAAAGGGAUCAGAUGUGGCGAAUGUGCUUCUGGUUUCUUUGGAAACCCUGAAGACAUUGGUGGGAUUUGUCAGCCCUGCCAAUGCAACAAUAACAUUGACUCAACUGAUCCAGAGGCUUGUGACAAGAAGACAGGAUUGUGCCUGAAGUGCUUGUAUCACACAGAGGGGGAAAACUGCCAACUGUGUAAACAUGGCUAUUAUGGACGGGCUCUUCAGCAGGACUGUAGAAAGUGUGUUUGCAAUUACCUGGGAACUGUUCGUGGACAGUGCAAUAGCUCUGAAGACUGUGAGUGUGAGAAAGAAACUGGUCAGUGCCAAUGCCUACCUAAUGUAAUUGGACAGAGCUGUGACCAUUGUGCCCCAAACACAUGGAUGUUGGCUAGUGGGAAUGGAUGUGAACCGUGCGGUUGUGAUGAGGAUCGUUCCUUUGGCUCAUCUUGUAAUGAGUUUACUGGGCAAUGCCAGUGCAUGCCAGGAUUUGGAGGACGCACGUGUAAUGAAUGCCAGGAGUUCUUUUGGGGUGAUCCUGGUGUGGACUGCCAAGCUUGCGACUGUGAUCAGCGUGGUAUUCAGACUCCGCAGUGCAAUCGCACAACUGGCCGGUGCAUCUGUAAGGAGGGUGUGGAAGGGGUCCGAUGUGAUAAGUGCACCCGAGGUUAUUCUGGCACCUUCCCCGACUGUACUCCUUGCCAUCAGUGUUUUGCUCUCUGGGAUAUCAUCAUUAGUGAGCUCACUAACCGGACACAGAGAUUCCUGGAAAGAGCACAAGCCCUGAAAAUCACAGGGGUCAGUGGGCCUUACCAGAAGACUCUCAACUCUGUGGAGGAAAACCUGAAUGAGAUUAAAAGCAUCAUUGCUCAGAAUCCUGCUGCCGAGCCCCUUAAGAACAUUGGAAAUCUCUUUGAGGAAGCUAAGAAACUAACAGCAGAUGUUACUGAAAAGCUAGCAGAAGUUGAAGAAAAAUUGUCCAAGGUGUCAACAGAAAGCAAUAACACGGACAUUCAACUGAGUGCCCUCGAGGCAGAUGCAAAGAGCCUAGACAGUGUCCUGAAAGAACUAGUGGAACAACUGGAGUUCAUAAAAAUUUCUGAUGUUCGGGGUGCUUUGGAUAGCAUCACUAAAUAUUUCCAAAAGUCCUUGGAUGCAGAAAAACAAGCCAAUGCCUCAGCUCUUCUUCCCGGCAGUGUUGUAGAGCAAUCGGCUGAAAUGCGACUAGAAAUUGAAAGCUUGAUCAAUGAAACAGAGGCAACCUUCAAGGCUAAGCAAGAGGAGCAGUCCCGGCUCUUGGAUGAACUUGCAGGCAAACUCCAGAGUCUAGAUCUUGCGGAUGUGGCUGAGAAGACAUGUGGAACUGCCCCUGGGGCUUCCUGUGAUGAUUCAAAAUGUGGUGGCCUAAACUGUCGAACUGAAGAUGGGAAAAUGAAAUGCGGAGGGCCAGACUGUGAUGGAUUGGUUACGGUGGCCCACAAUACCUGGCAAAAAGCUAUGGAUUUCGACAGGGACAUCCUCAGUGCUUUGGCUGAGGUUGAGCAGCUUUCGAAAAUGGUCUCAGAAGCAAAACAGCGAGCCGAUGAAGCAAAACAAAAUGCACAGGAAGUUUUGUUAAAAACGAAUGCCACCAAAGAACAAGUGGACAGGAGCAAUGAAGAUCUGAGGAAUCUGAUUAAACAGAUCAGAGAAUUUCUGAUGAAAGACAGCGCUGACCUGGACAGCAUUGAGGCAGUGGCUAAUGAAGUGCUCAAUAUGGAGAUGCCCAGCACACCCGAGCAGUUACAGACAUUGGCAAACAGUAUUCGUGAUCGAGUGGAGAGUCUUUCUGAUGUUGAGACAGUCCUACAGCAGAGUGCUGGAGAUAUAGCAAGGGCAAAAGCACUGUUAGAUGAAGCAAAAAAGGCCAGUAAAAGUGCAACAGAUGUUAAAGUCACCGCAGACAUGGUGAAAGAGGCUCUGGAAGAAACUGAAAAAGCCCAAACAGCUGCUGAAAAAGCACUCAAACUAGCAGAUGAAGAUAUCCAAGGAACACAAGACCUUCUUACCUCUCUUGAAUCUGAAACUACCGCAUCAGAAGAAUCUUUGAACAAUGCUACUUUGCGUAUUGCUGAACUGGAAAAGAAUGUGGAAUUGCUCAGACAAAAGGCUGCUACAAACACGGAGGACAUUAGAGUGACUGAAGAAACCAUUGCUGCUGUGAAUCAAACCACCACUGAUGUUAAAAAGGUACUAGACAACGAUGUGAACGACAAAUAUAAAACAGUAGAAAACUUAAUUGCCAAGAAAACAGAAGAGUCUGCGGAUGCCAGGAAGAAAGCAGAAGCAUUACAGAAUGAAGCUAAAAUACUGUUAGAUCAAGCAAACAGCAAACUUCAGCUUCUGAAAGAAUUAGAAGACACAUAUGAGAGAAAUCAAAGAGUCCUAGAAGACAAAGCCAGACAAGUGGUGCAGCUGGAAGAGACCGUUCGCAGCCUCUUGCAGGCCAUCAGCCAGAAAGUUGCAGUUUACAGCACUUGUUAAUAAUUGGAAGUGGGAUUGAAAACCUGGGGAGGGGGGGAAGAAAUAUAAAUUUGCAGACAACCUGUAGACUCGUGAGAUACCUGAUAAUCUUUUACUAUCAUGAAACCAAAGAAUUUUUUUAUCUCUUGUUUUAUAAAAUAAAAACAGUACUUUUGUAACAAA